ACAAGUCGUGUCCUGUGGGUAAUUCGAAGAAGCAUGGUGAGAUACCAAAGUCUCUCUGCUUUGUUUCGAGCUUCUCGCCGUUUAACCUCACCGGCGACUUGUUUCUCCGUUAGGCAAUUUUCUUCUUCCUUACUACUUCCAAAGACGACUCCUCCUCGCUAUUUUCCUUUCUCUUCUUCAAUCUCUAGGUUUUAUUCUUCGUCUUCUUCUCCUUCUCCUUCAGUUCGACCGCCAAAAUCCGCCGGUAGUAAUGGCGACGAAGAAGACACUUUUGAAUAUAAAACAACUGAUGAUGUUGAGGUCAUAGAAGAUUGGGAAGAAGAAGAAGAUGAGGAAGUUGAAUCUUAUCUUGGUGAUGGAGGAGAUGGUGGUGGAAUUGUUCUUCGAGAUGUGCCAUGGGGUGAAAAAGUUCUCUCUAUUGCUGCAGAAGUUUUGAAACAGUCUGAGGAAGAGUUGGAAUUGUUUGCUUUCAAAACUUCACCGCGUGGAUAUAUAUAUGUCAGACUAGACAAACUCUCAAAUGAAUAUGGAUGUCCUACCAUGGAUAAGCUUGAGGAAUUUAGUCGAGAAUUUAAGAAAAGACUAGAUGAUGCUGGGGCUGAAAAAGUAAUCCCAGAGGAUCUAGCCCUUGAGGUGUCAUCUCCAGGAGCUGAGAGGCUGCUAAGAGUUCCAGAGGACUUGCCUCGAUUUAAGGAGAUGCCAAUGACAGUAAGCUAUGUAGAGGAAACCAACUCAAGGAAAGUAGUAAAGACUGCAGUGUUUCUCUUGGAGUCUAUCGAUGCAGAAUCAGAUAACUGUGUCUGGAAAUUAGCAGAUGUGAAGGAGAACAGAGAUCCCGAAAGCAAAGGCAGACCGUUAAGCCGGAAACAAAAGGACUUGAGAAUUACACUGCCUUUCACAGAUCACAAGAAGAUAAAUCUCUACUUGGAUUAGUUAAGUAGCCGUAGAAGUAGAGUUGGUAGUGAAGGAAGUUCAUUGUCACUGACGGUUUAACAUUGCUGUUUCUGGAUAAUUUCUCUAUCCCGUCAGACACAUCUUCUCUAAGCUCACUAUACUAGGUUGCGUUUCAUAUAAUGGUCUAGAUAUUAAAACAUAUGACAAAAA